AUGAAGCGAGCGAGUCUUCAAAAGAUUGACAGUUUCUUUAGUCGCGCUCCCAAGCAUGCCUUGCAAACUUCAAUUCAAGACAGCGAGGAGGUCGCGGCGCCGGCAAUAUCACAAUCGGGUUCCUCUACGUUGCCCACGGAUGACAGCGACGCGGACGCCAAUCCUCAGAUAGCGUGUGCCAUGCCAGCAAGUGCUGUGGCUGACGGCAACGGUUCACGACAUGAGCGCAGUCACAGUGCUGAACAUGAAUGCGAACUAUCGAACACCAUGAGUGACAGUGGAAGGAAUGAUGGCUCCGCUGCAGCCUUUUUACUAGACGUUGGAAGCUUUGUCGGGAAACAUGUUGACGACUUCACUAAGCGGCGCUUGUUGGAAUCUCAUUGGCAUCCAGCGGAAAACUACAGUUUCCCAUACUCCGUCCACAAAAAAGGCGGCAAGGAAGAAAAGAGAUAUGUAAGCCACUCACAUUUGAGCAAAUUUAACUGGCUGGUUCUCUCGAAGUGCCAAAGUGGUCUCUAUUGCAAGUAUUGUGCACUCUUCACAACGGGGAGCGUAGGAGGGUACCAAAGGAAUGUUACUCUUCAAAAGCUCGUUACAAAACCUCUCCGAACAUUCGCGAGGCUACUUGGCAAAGAUGGUGACCUCCCUCUGCAUGAAGCAACUAGAUACCACAAAGAGGCGGUUCAAGCCGCAAAAGCCUUUCUUGCCUGUGCCGAUGCACCUGAAACGUGCGUCGCCAAUCAAGUAUCUUGUCAGCGACUUCAUCAAGUGGAUGAGAACCGGAAAAGACUCUUGCCUAUCAUAGACUCUAUAAUCUUUCUAGGGCGCCAAGGAAUACCGUUUCGCGGACACAGAGACGACGGGAUGCUUGCAGACUGUUCGCAAGGUACUUCAUUAACGUCAAACGAGGGCAACUUUCGAGAACUUUUGCGGUUCCGGGUCGCCAGUGGGGACACAGAACUCCAAAAGCACCUUGCCAGCACGUCGUCCCGGGCCACAUACAUCAGCAAAACGACGCAGAAUGAACUCAUCCAGUGCUGUGGAGAGGAAGUCCUUGCCACGGUCACUGGGCGUGUGCACGAAUCCGGCAUGUACAGCGUUAUGUUCGACGAAACCACUGACCUAGCUCACAUGUCGCAGCUUAGUCUCAUUUUACGCUACGUUCACAAGAAUGUGGUUCGAGAGGACUUUGUACAGUUCGUCGAUCUUCGUCGUGUCAGUAGCGAUACUGAUACCGGUAUCAACAUUGAAGAGCCCGUCUUGACAGGAAAGAUACUCGGGGAACAGGUUGUAACAACACUGAAGACCUUAGGCCUCGACCCAGAAAAGUGCGUAGGUAUAGCUACCGACGGCUGCAGCGUCAUGGUGUCCGAGAUCUGUGGCGCUGUGUCUGAGAUCAAGAAACAUGCGCCUAAUGCGGUGCACUGCCCGUGCUUCAACCACGCACUCAACCUGUCUUUGUCCAAGUCCUGCAAAGUCCAAGCGAUCAGAAAUGCUGUUGGCAUUAUGAAAGAAGUAAUUUCCUUCUUUGCGGCGUCAUCGAAACGAAACGUGGUAUUAAAGAGCACCCUUGGAGGCCAACUUAAAGGCCUUUGUGAGACGAGGUGGGUUGAACGGCACGACAGCGUUAUACAGUUUCGAGAGUCCGUGGGCAGUGUGUCGAAAGCUCUUGAUACCAUUGCUGACUGGAAAGAGAUGCAAAGCGCAGCGAAAGCAAAGACGCUCCGUGCUGCCAUCAGUGACUCCGAAUUCCUAGUAGCAAUUGUUUGCUUGGCGGACAUACUCGCGCACACUGUUCCACUGAGUCGUCUCUUUCAGAAGGAAUAUCUUGACGUUCGCACGGCUAGGAGCGCGUUGGCAGACACCAUGACUGUUCUCCGCGACCGCAGAGAGAAAAGUGAAGAGGCAUUUUCGGAGCUCUACAAGCAAGCCAGUGCCCUGGGAGAAGAACUGGGAACAGAGUUGCGGUCCCCACGUAUAGCUAAGAGACAGACUCACAGGUGCAACGUCGCUACGGCCAAUACAGAGAGCUACUACAGGAUGUCACUGUACACUCCGUUAAUGGAUAAUGUGCUGUCAGAUUUAGAGACAAGGUUUACAACCGAGGCGGAAAGAGCAUACGAGCUGUUCCUUUUUGUGCCCCCUCACACCUGUGCCACAGACGGCGUCGACAAGGAAGCUGUUUCUGCUAUUGGGGAGCGGUAUUCUGCGUUCAUGGGGAAUAGCGCGCCAAUAGGACCACUUCUACUUCAAGCCGAGCUGAGGUUAUGGCGCGAAAAGUGGAAGACCCAGACUGAGGUGCCGGGUACUGCUGUUGAAGCUCUGGACAAAUGCGACAGGGAGGUCUUCCCUCUAAUACGUACGCUUCUACAAGUACUGGCCACUCUCCCUGUUAGCGUAGCCAGUGCCGAACGGUCCUUCUCUACUCUCCGUCGGUUAAAAUCGUGGAUGAGGACACAGAUGGCUGAAGAGCGCUUGACUGCGUUGGCAUUGCUGCACACCCAUAGGGACAUUGCCAUCGAUACGCAAAGGGUCAUCGAUCGUUUCGCAAGUAAGGCUCGCGGACAACGGAGACUAGAUUUUGUCAUCUGA